CCGCCCGCAGCGAAUCUUGGCCAUAUUAUUUACUGUCUCGAAAUUGUUAUUGUUGAAUUCUUACCUUACGAGAAUACCAUAUGCAUUCGUCCAUUCUGGGAAGGAGAUCUCCCCCGACGACUGACGAUGUCGUAGUUCUCAGUCAAGGUUGCUGAAAAAAAAACUACCGCAUCCAGUUAUACGACCUAGCAGGUCCCAAUCAAUAUCAAUAUGAUUUCGAUGCUCUGUCUGUUCGCUUUGACGAUGCUAAUGGAAGCACGAGAGUCGAAUAAAAUAACAAAAGUAAAUUAGCUUCGUUAACGAUGUCUCAGUUCAGUUUCGGAUGCUGAUCGUGCGUGAUUGUAAAUCUGUUUUGGUAAGGCAUCGAGUACUGAAGCUAAAUCUGUUGAGUGAAGAUGGCGCGAAGAGGUGUAUUUUGGGUUGUUCUCGCAUUGUACAUAGCGGUAGCUCAUGCAGGUUUUCUGGAUUGGUUCCGUAGUAAGAACAACAAGGGUCAUAGCAUAUGUAAGGUCGAUUUCGAAGUGCUGGACCCGCAAGGAUUGAGACUAUGGACGGCACACAAACCGGAGAUGAAGAUGUUCGGAGUGGAAUUGUACAUCAAUCCGAGUGGCAGAAGUAACGAACGGCUUGUUUGCAGUCUAUGCAAAAACACUACCCAAGCUACGCAUGGCAAAUACUUCCUCCAAGAUGAUAACGUAAUAGUCAAGAAAGGUGAUGUUUUGGAAUACAUAGCGAUUACUGAUAACGGAAAGACAACUCAGCGGCAUAAACCGAGGAAGAUCGUUGUUAACGACUACAUUAUCAAACCUAUGGGACGUUGUGCCUGUCCAGAGCCGGUUGUACCUUCCACUGUUCACGAGUCCAAUCCAAAUGCAGAAAUCGAGCUCCUCGAACGCGUCAUCGCCGGCCUCGCGAACCGCUGUUCCGAGGGACUUGUAUCAAACUACCUUUUCCUGCAAGUGGACAACGCUGCUGGGCCGGACAAUCUUUUGGAACGAGUGAAGAAAUACUUCGAAGCCAAUCCGACCCUAAAAUCCUACGUCAGUUCGAUCACAUCAGCCGAAGACUAUUCGGAUGGAAUCGCUUUCCAGGUGAAGUCUAUCAUCGACAAGCUCAAGAUACUGGAACUAACGCAUACCGGAAACGAUAUUCUGGACUACGAUCAGACGAGCAUCAUUGGGAAAUUGGACAUAAGGAUUUCCGAAUGAGGGAAGUGCAUGAAAUAUAACUGGACAAGUGAAUAAUCAAAUCAACUACCUACAACAAGAAAAGCAAUCAGUUUCGAUUUGGCUAGGCAUGCCUGCAAGUAUAAGGGGAAGGUCACUAAGAAGGUAGAGUGUGGUUUGAUUCCGAAUAUCACAUGCAUUAGCAAAAGCGCUUUAUUUUUCAAAAUUUUGAAAUAUAAUUAAUUAACCUCGUAGAAGAGUGAAAA